CCCCAAGUUGUAUCGCAGUUUUGUUGUCGUCGCGCACGUCUGUGAAAUUGCAGAACCAAAUCUUUAGUUUUAAUUGAGUGUGGGGCGGAAAAGUGAGUCUCCCACGCGCUAGCGGUGCUCCAACUAUUUCUGCUCGAAACACGCUGAAGGGCCGCCUUAUCAGAUCGGUGGAAAAUUGUGUGCAUUGCAGAGAACUUGUUUGGUUGUUCGUUGCGAACGGUUCGAUUUUGUCUUUUGCUAACUAGCAGAAUCUCGCUAGGCUGACCCCGAGGAAGCAGUGAAAUGUCCAAAGUUCAGUGCGUUUAAAUUCCAAUGAUCAAGUCAGAAGGAAUCGGAGCAGCGAGUGUGCGAUUGUAAUUGCGAUUGCGAGCGACGAAUUUGCGUACUUUGUGCGGUGGUGAUAAUUUCUGGUUGUUUCCGACUUUGUUUCCAAUUGUGUUCUUGUUGGGAUAAUACAAACGACAGGGGAGCCUAGGGGUGCCAAGAUGACUUCGAUCGAGGACCGAUUCAACGCUGCCGUGAACGUUAUAAAAUCGCUGCCCAAAAAUGGAUCAUACCAGCCUAGCAAUGCGAUGAUGCUUACUUUCUAUGCCUAUUUCAAACAAGGAACCCAAGGACCUUGUCGGCAAAGUAAACCUGGUUUUUGGGACGUUGUUGGAAGAGCAAAAUGGGAUGCCUGGUCGGCAUUAGGUGAUAUGUCGCGCGAACGAGCUAUGCAACUAUACGUUGAUGAAUUGAAGAAAAUUAUUGAAACGAUGUCCUACACCGAAAAUGUUGCUAACUUUAUGGACAGUAUAAGCGAACUGGAUGGCGUGAAUGUUGACGAUCUAGAAGCUGUGGCCCCUGAAAUAAUGCAAAAAGCACGAUCCAAUCCAAACUCACCGUUCGCAUCGAGAAAUACGAGUCCCACUAGACCACCGGCAUAUAUGAAUGGAUAUAUGAACGGUGAUAGUGGUAUUAGUAACGAGAACGGAUCUUUCACCCACCAAAACGGCUAUUCGAGUACCGUCGAACAAUCCGAUGAUGAGUAUAUUGACACAGUUGACGAGGGUGCGGAGUAUUCAUCGUAUAGAAAAUCUAGAACACAUGCUAACAGCAUUGUUGCAAGAAGAAAUGAGAGCCAAUUGGAAAUAACGACAUCACAAAUCCUUAAGAUUGUUCAAAAGAUGAAUUCAGAUAUUGCAACUGUGAAUCAACGAAUAAAUGCACUUGAGAAGCAACUGACAGAAGUGGCAUCGAAAAGUAAUCAACAAAAUCGAAAGUUGGCGCAUGUUCGAAAAUAUCCCCAAUGGUGGCCGUUCAAAGAUAUCUCCCCAACGUGGUUUGUCAUUUUGAUUCUUUGGCCGUUCAUUGUUCAACGCCUUGGCACCGUACUUCAACGAAAGAAAUGAUCGUGAUUUCGCGCAAAGUUUUCUACAUACCCAAGAAAUGUUCACUUUAUCAGAAAGAACGAUAAUCAAUGGAAUUUAUGCUUAUUUUACACAUAUUCUAGUACACUCAUGUGUUUAAGGUACACCCGACAUUGUAUUUUUUUGCAACUUUUUGAUAAUGUUUUCGUACAAUGAAAUUUUCAUCCCUUUCGCUUUUCGUCAAGUCCGUCGUCAUUAUAUCUUUAUACAUAUACACUUUCCUAUUUUGUUCGUUGAGCGAAUUUGCUUUCCAAGGGUCUUACGGAGGGAGGAAAUAGGAAGCGAAAGGAAAGCAUUCGAUUUCAAAGUUGUGCACAUUUUGAAACGUGCUAAAAGUAACUAAAUAACGUCGAUUCGAGAUGAUAGACUUGUAGAAUGGAAAACUAAGUUGUAAGUUAUGAAAGUGUUAAUUCAUGUGUCAAAGUUUCCUGGAAACUCUGCAUUGCUUCGGAGAACGCAAGGAGCCUUAGGCUGUUGUUAAAAUGAAACAUUAUUUUUGAUAAUAUUCUUUUGAGCAACCUCAACGUAACUUUCACAGGCAUACACGAACAAGAUUGUACAAUUUAUAUGUGGUUCUAGGCAAUGCAUUUUGUUUUUAAUGGUGAGAUUUUAUUUAGUUUCUAUUUUUAUUGUAAGUGUAGUAAUUUAUGUAUAAGCGACUAUGGUGUAAAUGGAACAGAAAAAAAAAUACUGGUUACUUAUGGAUAUUAUUGUAGGGGAAAGAUUUUAUAAUUUUUAUUUUUUGUUUUGUCUGUGGCUUAGUUUAAAUGUACACUCCACGGUUUAUGUUAUUAAACGUUUAUAUUGUAACUAUA